AAAGAGACGUAGAGGAAUACUUAAUGCAUGACCUUGUCAAUGAUUUGGCCCAAAUUGCAUCUUCAAAUCUUUGUAUAAGGUUGGAAGAGAACAAAGGAUCGCAUAUGUUGGAACAAUGUCGGCACAUGUCCUAUUAUGUAGGAAAAUAUGGUGACUUUCAGAAAUUGAAAUCACUCUAUAAAUCAGAGCAGCUGAGGACAUUACUUCCAAUCAAUAUCCAGUUCCAUCACCAAUAUAAACUAAGCAAGAGGGUGUUGCAUAACAUACUGCCAAGACUAAGAUCCUUAAGGGCAUUAUCAUUGUCUCAUUACAGGAUUAAUGAGUUGCCAAAUGACUUGUUUAUCAAAUUAAAGCUCCUCAGAUUUUUGGACCUUUCUUGUACAGGGAUUAAAAAGUUGUCAGAUUCCAUAUGUGCAUUGUAUAACUUGGAGACACUUAUCCUGUCAUCUUGUGUUGAUCUUGAGGAGCUACCGCUGCAGAUGGAGAAGUUGAUUAACUUGCAUCAUCUUGACAUAAGCAACACUUGUCGCUUGAAGAUGCCACUACAUCUGAGCAAGUUGAAAAGCCUCCAAGUGCUAGUGGGAGUAAAGUUUCUUCUAGGUGGUUGGAGGAUGGAAGAUUUGGGUGAAGCACAGAACUUGUAUGGAUCUGUAUUAGUUUUAGAGUUGCAAAAUGUGGUUGAUAGAAGGGAAGCUUUGAAGGCAACGAUGAAGGAGAAGAAUCAUGUUCAGUUAUCUUUGGAGUGGAGUGAAAGUAGUAGUGCCGACAAUUCACAAACUGAAAGAGACAUUCUUGAUGAGCUACACCCUCACUCAAACAUAAAACAACUCGAAAUCACUGGAUAUAGAGGAACAAUAUUUCCAGAUUGGCUAGCUGAUCCUUUGUUUCUUAAGCUAGUACAGUUGUCUAUUGGUAAUUGCAUGAACUGUUAUUCGUUGCCAGCACUAGGACAACUCCCUUGUUUGAAAAUCCUUUCCAUUAGAGGGAUGCAUGGAAUAACAGAGGUGACGGAAGAAUUCUAUGGCAGUUUGUCCUCUAAAAAGCCUUUUAACUGUCUUGAGGAACUUAGAUUUGAAGAUAUGCCGGAGUGGAAGCAAUGGCACUUACUAGGAAGUGGAGAGUUCCCUGCACUUGAGGAGCUUAAAAUUAAAAAUUGCCCUGAGCUCAGUUUGGAGACACCCAUCCAACUUUCAAGUUUAAAAAGGUUUAAAGUUAGUGAUUCUCCAAAGGUUGGAGUUGUUUUUGAUGAUGCUGAGCUGUUUAGAUCCCAACUUGAGGGAAUGAAGCAGAUUGAGGAAUUAUAUAUUGGUUAUUGUAACUCUCUUGCCUUCUUUCCUUUUAGCAUAUUGCCCACUACCUUGAAGAGAAUACAGAUAUAUGGUUGCAAGAAAUUGAAAUUGGAGGUGCCAGUUGGUGAGAUGAGUAUGUUUCUGGAAGAAUUGUUUGUGGAAGGAUGUGAUUGUAUAGAUGAUAUAUCACCUGAGUUAAUCCCAAGAACACGCAAAUUGAUUGUCGUUAAUUGCCACAACCUUACUAGGUUUUUGAUUCCUACUGCCACUGAAACUCGGCUCCAUAUGGGGAAUUGUGAGAAUGUUGAAAUACUUUCGGUGGCAUGUGGGGGGACCCAGAUGACGUCACUGUUUAUUGAGGGCUGUAAGAAGCUGAAGUGGCUGCCAGAACGUAUGCAGGAACUCCUUCCAUCUCUUAAGCGUCUGAAUCUUGAGAAUUGUCCAGAAAUAGAGUCCUUUCCUGAAGGAGGAUUGCCCUUCAAUUUACAACAACUUGAGAUAAAAGAUUGCAAGAAACUGGUGAACGGACGAAAGGAGUGGCGUUUACAGAGACUCCCCUGUCUCACAGAGUUAUGGAUCUCUCAUGAUGGCAGUGACGAAGAGAUUGUUGGUGGUGAGAAUUGGGAGUUGCCUUCCUCUAUUCAAUCGCUUGCCAUACGGAAUCUGAAAACAUUAAGCAGCCAACAUCUCAAAAACCUCACCUCUCUUCAAUCUCUAUCUAUUAUGGGUAAUUUACCUCAAAUUCAGGCAAUGCCCUCCUUUUCGCACCUCACUUCGCUUCGAAGUCUACAGAUCUGGCAUUUCCGUAAUCUCCAAUCACUUCCUGAAUCAGCAUUGCCCUCCUCCCUCUCUCAGCUGGACAUAGAUGAUUGCCCUAAUCUCCAAUCCCUUCCAGUAAAAGGGAUGGCCUCUUCCCUCUCUAAACUAUCUAUUUCAAAAUGUCCAUUGCUCAGACCACUACUAGAAUUUGACAAAGGGGAAUACUGGCCAAAUAUUGCUCAAUUUCCCAUCAUAGAGAUCGAUCGGGAAUUCAUGUGAUGAUUAAAACGAAUGGCUCUCCAACUGAUAUGUGGAUUUUGAAGGGCGAGUACGACAAGUCUGGUCCAUCCAUUGUCCACAAGAAGUGCUUCUAAGUGAGCUCAGGUCUUCUGUUAUAGGCAAGUCUUUGAGAUGCGGCUAUCAAAGAAGGGCAAUUAAAAUCAUUGUACCGCUGAUACUAUUUCAUGUUUCCAGUGCGAGCCUCUUUUGUAAGUUGACAAACUCGAUUUGUAAAUAUGUUUGGGACUCAACUAGUGGUUAGAGUAUUGAUUUUGUAAGAUUUGUAUCCAGAAAAUCAAAUUAGAAAGAUAACUCGCGAUGAUUGAAUAAGCUUGAAGAAGUGGAUUUGAAUUUCAAAUCGUGUCUUUUUUUUAUGUGUGUGUGUGAGAGAGAAAUUUGAAGUGUUGUUUAGAUUUGUUGGAAUAGUCUAAAGAGAUUGUCUCUA